ACUCAAGAUGUUCAAACGCUUGUCAAAAUCGAGGCGCCAUAGCGCCGACGACGUUGCCCUCUCCUUAUCGGGUUCCGUGGACGAGCUGUCGGGGAGUUCGAUGCCGCGUGACAACAGUCAUCAGGAUCUGAGCACUGCCGGCUUGCUGAAAAUGUCCAGGUCCAAGUAUUCGCGAAGGAGCUGCGGCGACGCGGACGCGAUGCAGACGUUGCUCGAAGUGAAACAAGACGGUCAGCAGGAUGUCAUCGAGGCUGACUAUCAGACGGUUACGGCGGUGCCGGCCUUCAUCGUCGAGCAUCACGAUCCGGGUAAGCAGUCUCGAGUGUCGGGUCUAGGAAUUUGGGGUCGCAGGAUGGGCAGGAAGAUCGAUUCGUUUCGACGGACCAGAUCUCGCGAGACAAUCUGUUCCAUCGCAGAAAGAUCCGAUAGUCUCGAUCACAACAGUAUCAAUAAUAAUAACAACAUCAACAACAACGAUACUUGUACCAGCAACAACAAUAUCAACAUCCAACAACUGAGUCAGCUGCACCUGGACGAAAAGCUGAACAGGAAGUCACCGACGGUUUGUAACCGAGCUCCAUCUCCGUUCAAAUCGUUCUUCAUACGAAUGGGUUCCACCGGAAUGCUUAACUCGGCCAGAGCCAACAGAAGGUCUCAGAAUAUCGACGAGAGAACGAAACUACCGGACAAGGAGGGUUUGUUCCGGAGCUGCAGCACCAGUCAAUUGAACAGCAGUCCGACCUACGUGAAGGGCGACGAUCCCUCGGAAGGUAUAGACCUGCAGAUAGCCGCGCGAAAGGACAAGACGGUGUCCUGCGACGAUCUGGCGAAUCAUCGAAGCGACGAACAGGGUGUCUUCGAGGCUUCCUGCACCUCUCCGUAUUCCUUGAGCGGCUCCUCCGUGAGCUUCAGCACUUGCGACCUCGGACAGACCAAGGACGAGUCGUUGAUGAGGAAGAGCAGCAGUUGCGACCUGAAAGAGGCGAAGAAAUCCAACUUCCCGUACGCUUUCCUGCGAUCGAAACUCUCCGUUCUGCCGGAGGAGCGUCACGGACCCUCGUUCACCAAGGACGAAAGACUCUUCAAGACAGUCUCGGAAGAGCACUUCCCGACCUUGCAGAUCGAGGACUCGUACAUCAGUACGACGACUCUUGGACGGAAGAGAUCCAGGAUCGGUUACAACGGCCGAGGCGACAACGCGAGGAAUCGGGAGACGGCCUCGCGACCUAGUCGGACUUCUUGCGCGGAAUUCCAAAGGAAUUCCAGCAGAUACGAAGCCAACAGGUACAGCCUGAAUGCGAGCCGCCUCGAACGAAUCGAGGCCGGCUUCCAGCAGGAGGGUGUCGCGACCUGCUACAGCCUGUUCGACAGCAGUUUAUUAUCCCUUCGGGAGAACGUCGAGUUUCAUGUCGAGGAUGCCGCACGCGACAAGGACUUUACCGGUAAAAUGGAGCUUGGAAUUGCCUCGGAGGGUUGCAACGUGGACCUCGACGUGAUGGCCGCCAUCAGGAACAACCGGCGGAAUUCCGUGUCGAGCUGCGAGCAGAGACUGUCAUCUCACUACGUCAGUUCGAAUGAAUCCGGGUACGAUAGCGACGGACCGCGAGGUGAGCCCGUAAUAGCUUCCGAGAACGAGGGACUGGGUCUCAAGUGCAGCUCCGACACCAGCAGCGUCAUGGACGCGGAAACGGAAAAGCCGAUAAGGAGCUCGACGCCCAGCGAGUGCCAGGAUCAAGAUGCUGGGAAGAUUCUGAGGCGGAAUUGCGACGAGAGCAGAUCGGACGUGAUCUCUCGGAUGAGCAUCGAGAGACUCGACGGUCUCAGGUGGCACCGGAGCGGUUCCGGAAGGAUGCUGCCCAGCAUUCACGGGACGUCCUUCGAGGAGGAAGCCGUGUCGCGGCUGGAGGACACUCAGCUUCCGAGUUGCGAAGAUAGACUGAGUCUCUUGGCGAAUACGAAGACGCUGGACGUCUCGCCUCAUCGCAUGAGGUUGCAGCAGGAUAAAACCAGAUUUCUCAGCGAUAUCAUUCAGCCCUUAACGCGGGUACGGCGAUGCUGUCCGAUACAGUUGCACAAGAGGGAGCCUAAAGAGAGUCUAGGGAUUCGACUGGCGCAGCAGAAACUAAGUGAUCUGCGGUACAUCGUCGUACAACUCGAAAACGAGGGCAUUGCUCACAGGGACGGCAGGUUGAGAUUAGGCGACGAGAUCGUCGAGGUCGAGGGCAAAGAGCUGCGAACGUUGGAGAGCCUCGAGGAAGUUCAGGAGUUUCUGAGAUCUCUUACCGGUAACACCGUACGAUUAACGACGGCUUAUGAGGAGACGAUGCCGCAAGUAUAUGAAAAUCCAUCGUCGAGUACUUUACCCAGCGAGUACGAGUACCUGGAGAACGCGAGGAACCUCUCCGACAUGUCGUUGAUUGACGCGAUCGAAACGAAUCACGCUUCCUCUUCGUCAGGCACGGAGAUGACAAAGAAGAAGAAGAAGAAGGCGAUCGAUGCUAGCGCGGAGUCACUUCAGCAGAGGAAGAGACCCGAUUUCCUGCCGCUCGAAAAUCAAAAGGACAUCAAGGACAACGGCCCGGAACCCGCGACAGAAUCGCAACAAUAUCUGACGAAGCACGUGGCCAGAUUCGAAAAGGGUUACGGCAAAGCCAGCUUAGGUUUUAGCGUCGUAGGUGGCAGAGAUAGUCCGCGAGGCGACAUGGGAAUUUUUGUGAGGAGGGUUUUUCCAGGUGGUCAGGCCGACACUUCCAAAUCGUUGUUUCAAGGCGAUGAGAUCUUAAGCUUGAAUGGACAAAUUUUGAAGGGACGCACGCAUCAGGAAGUCAUCGAAUUGUUUAAGACGGUGAGAGAGGGUAUCGUCGAACUAGAGAUUACGAGAAGACACAGAUAUCCUAGGAAUACGUUGAAAAGUGCGCCGUAUUAAAAAAGAAUCGAUGGAAAGGAAGCUGCCCACCGGAAGUGCUCUUUAGAUUUAGAUUUAAAAUCUAUUAUAUCGUCCAUAGGAGAAAACGGCGUUUUAGGAUUCUAGUCUAUCAAAAGAAAUCUAUGACUCUCUUACGACGUGUUCUCUCUCUUUCAUAUAAUUUAUUCCGCGCGACUGCCUAAUAGAUUAAUGUUUUAUCAUUAAUAGUAUUAUUAAUAUUAUUUUUAUUAUUAUUAUAUAAUAUAGUGCGGUAUUGUUAUAACUAUACAUUAUUAUACCACAUUUUUAACAUAAGAUUUUAUACGAAUAAUGUAACAACGCAAUAAGUAGAAUCUAUUAUACGCAUCUUUUUAAUCUUAUAGAGGACAAUAAAGAGAGGAUAUACUUAGAUGGUACCGUUGAAAAAAGGUACCGCAUCCAGAUUAAUCUUAA